AUGCAGGCUCCUGAGCAGCUCAAGCAGAACUCCUACGUGGAGGCCAAGUCCCCCAACGUCGAGAACGGUGUCUCCGCCCUCGGCCAGCACGAGAAUGGCGCUCUGCGUGAGACCCGCGGCUCUGUCUCCGUGUACUCGUGGGAGAACUUCGGUAUGGUGGCGCUCUCGGCUGGUGUCGGCAUCGUGAACAGCAGCAUCAGUGGCGUCGUCUACGCGGCGUUCAACAACUACCUGCACAUGUCGGCGACGCUCGUCGCGACGGCUGUGGCUCUCAUCCAGUUCCCCCGCAGUCUCCGUGUCUUCACGGGCAUGUUGACGGACACCGUCCCGAUCUUCGGUUACCGUCGUCGUCCGUACAUGGUGAUCGGCUGGGGUAUGACGUUUAUUUCGUGCUUCCUCAUGGCGGUGCUGCCCCUCGGUGACCCGUACUACAGCGACCCGUCCAUCGCCGACCUGGACACUAGCGAGCUGACGGCUGAGCAGCUCGCGACCAUCGACACGGACGCCCCGAACCGCGGCGUCAAGAUGAUUAUUCUCAUGAUGUUCGCCAACUUCGGCACGGUGCUCGCCUACAGUGGCUUCAACGGCACCAUGAUCGAGAUCUCGCAGCAGGAGCCCGCCCACAUUCGUGGUACGGCCAUGGGUGACUGUGAUGUCGUCUUCUACUGGUUCUCGAUCAUUGCGGCGUUCUUCACGGGCCUGGGCCUCAACAGCGAGGACUACGGUGGCACCUUCACGUGGUCGGUCGGAUUCAACGCUAUCAUGGGCGUCUGCGCCGGCAUGUCGCUCAUCGUCCUGCCGUUCUGCUGGUUCUGCAUCAAGGAAGAGCGCGUCACCUCUGGUCCGUCCAAGUCCGUCUUCACGUUCGUGUACGAGCUCGUCCAGCGCAAGUCCAUCUACCAGUACAUCGCCUUCCGCUUCUUCUACAAUGUGUUCGCUAUGAUCUCCGUGACCUCGUCCAGCGCCAUCCAGAGCACGUGGGCGGGUGUUGAGCCCAUCAACAACGGUAUCGCCACGAUGCUCGCUGCCUUCCUGACCAUGCUCGGAACGUACCUCAUCAAGAAGAACGGUCUCGCCUGGAACUGGCGCUACAUCAUCAUCUUCGCGCAGAUUCUCGUCGUGUGCCUCGACAUUAUCCCGACCAUGUUCACGAUCUGGGAUGUGGUCCGCAGCCAGUGGUUCUGGCUCGGCGUCCCUCUUCUCGAGAAGAUCCCGUACGCUGCCACCGACUUCGUCGGCGCGCUCUUCAUGCUCGAGGUCGACAGCGAGGACUUCGAGGCCACUCUGUUCGGCCUGGCCGUGACGUCUCAGCGCGUUGGCAUUCCGUUCGGAACGGUCAUCACCAAGACCAUCGACGGCUACUUCGACAUCGAGCGCGAGUACAUCCAGCAGGACGACCACCACGUGCGCUCGCAGGUCACGUACGCGUACAUCAUCGCCUACGCCAUCAACUUGGCCGCGAUCGCGUUCGUCGUGCUGCUCCCACGCCAGAAGGACGAGCUCCACCAGAUGCAGCGCGAUGGCUCCAAGAACAAGGUCGCCGGUAUCGUGACCAUUUGCGUCCUCAUCUUCGCCCUGGCCUGGUCGCUCAUGACCAACAUCCUGAGUCUCUUCGACUCGACGAGCUGCCUGCGCAUUGCUGGCGGCAGCGGAUGCUAA